ACAAAUAACUCGCCGAGGGAAGAACGCAGGCCAGUUCCGUGAAAAUCUCCUUAUCUAAGAGAAAGCUAGGGACUCGUCUGAGUCUUGGCCCUCUACCAAAGUACUAACUUUUGGGGAGAAUAACUCUUCCCAGUCCCCGCUCUUCAGACAAUUCUCGUUUUCUUUCCCUUUUCUCCUUUCUCUUCAAACAGUGCCAACCAACCAUGGCGGGAAUGGCAACCUUCAAUCUCCCUUCGGCAUCUUCCAUCUUCUUCCGUGCAUCACCAUCAUCAUCACUAACUGCUACGCUUUCGCGCUCAUUCAAGCCGUCAAUUCUCCCAAUGCGUGGUCUUUCUGGAAAGCCCUUUCGUCCCAGAUUUCCAAAGAUUUAUGCAUUUUCCAGUAACGAUAUCAAAGUGGGUAGCAACAUUGAAGUAGACGGCGCUCCUUGGAAAGUUCUCGAGUUUCUCCAUGUAAAACCUGGAAAAGGAGCAGCAUUUGUGAGGACGAAGAUGCGUAAUUAUUUAUCAGGAAACACAGUUGAGAAAACUUUUCGGUCAGGAGUUACGAUUGAUGAGGCAGACAUAUUCAAAGAAACAAAGCAAUUCACAUACAAAGAUGGCUCCCAGUUUGUCUUCAUGGACCUGAAUACAUAUGAAGAAAUUCGUCUUAAUGCAUCAGAUGUCGGGGAUAAGAUGAAGUAUCUGAAAGAGGGAAUGGACUGCAUUAUGCUAUUUUGGAAUGGAAAAGUUAUUGAUUUUGAAGUGCCCAUCACAGUUCAGUUGACUGUGGUUGAUGUAGAUCCUGGACUUAAAGGUGACACAGCUCAAGGUGGAUCUAAGCCAGCGACUCUUGACACUGGUGCUGUUGUGAAUGUUCCAUUGUUUGUAAAUAUAGGUGAUGAAAUACUGGUGGAUACAAGAACAGGUCAAUACAUGAGCCGUGCAUAAUCUCUACUCCUCAGAAGGUUUCCUGUCAUCAGGCAUAUACAUUUAGUUUUUUCUUUUCUUUUCUUUUGGUUUUAUUUCUUACUAUUCUGCGAGAGUUUUAUACUUUCAUUUGCGGCACUUAGCAUGGUGAAUGGCUAUGAAUGUUAAAUUGAAAUAUCUUUUUGUCUUAGAAGAGAGAUAUUAUUAGUAAUUCAAAUGGACUAGUAUCUCUAUAUAGUAAAGUUUCAGGUAACA